AUGAAGUUCACUACCGUCAUCGCUGCCGUCCUUUCGAUGGCCACUUUCGCCAUCGCAGUACCCGUCGCCGUGCCUGCACCAGCCAAAGAUGUCGAAGUUCGCCAGAACCAUGGAAAGUGUGUCAAGAGCUCGGGCGGCGGAGUAAUGGAAGACGUCAACUGCUAG